AGUCACUCAAUGUAAUGUCUAUAAGUUGGUAGACUUUUACCCCGAAAUUCGCAUACACAUUCUCUAUCGACAAAAAGCUUGUGCCGCAACCGAAUAGCAAUACCCAUUUCGGAUGGUGUGCAUCAGUGUUGGUGACGCGUAAUAUACUCACUCGAUUUCACAUAAAUACACACGGAAACACACACAGGCACACACACACACACUCUGUGUCGCAUGUACAUUGAGUAAAAAUUCUUCUAUGGAAAAAUAUUAAUAACAAUAAUAACAAUUUAUAGAGACCAUCGAAAAGGAAUUCGUACAUAGAUUGUGACGUGAACAUUUUGUGCACAAUGCAUUUUUUGAUGCGCUUGCUAUUUUCAUCAUUUUAACCGGAAAAAAUGCUCAACAUCGCAGUUUAAACGAAAUAAACAAUAAUUUAAACACAUUUUCUGUUAUUUUCAACAAUAUUUUCAUCGUUUUUUUUUUGUCGCAGCAUAGUGUCAGUUCAAUCGAAAAUUGUGCAAAUAUUGAAUGUUUGUGACGUGCAAGGAAAACUCGAAUUCAAAAUUGGUGACGUGCAAAAUAUUCGUUUAAAAUCGUGUGACAAUUUGAGUUUUCGUAAAUAAAAUCUGAUCAAUAAGCAAACUUAAUGAACGUGUGUUUACAUAUUGUAAUCGGCCGAGUAAAAACAGUUUGUGAAACGAAUCGAAUGAUGAAAAAGUGACGUUUAUUGAAUAUUUCAAAGCGGCUUUCAUUUGAUUGUGGGUGCAUCACACAAAACGAUUGAAUAAUUCCGAAAAAAUACAAGAAUUUUACUUUGACGUACAUGCAAAGUGCAACUUGCAAUUGCUUCAAUAAACGAAGUGGCAAAACAAUGAAUAAAACGACAGCAAAACAUCUCUGAACCUAAGCCAAGAACGUUUCUCUUAACGCUACAAAAAUAGCACAGUUGAAAUAGGUUUUUUUUGUUGCCUCAACAAAUCUAAAUAUAUUCACACACUGAGAUUAAAAGCGAUUUAAGUAGGCGGUGACUUAUUUGCACACAUGGUUAAUCACGGCUUGUCGCGCUUCAACAAGACCUCUCCGACGAAAUUUUACCAAAACAAUAAUAAAGCGAUUAUAACCAAAUCGCGGCAACAAAAAUGAGAUGUGAACAUUCUUAAAAUAGCUUGUUAAUUUCAAUCAAAAAAGGAAAUUUUGAGUAACAAAAACGGCGGACACGUGUGAACGUUUGCAAUAAUCGGUAAAAUCGUGAAAUCUGUGCGAUGCAUCGAUUGACCCGUUGAUAUUGGUAAUUCACUGCGAAGUGAAAUUCAUUGACUAAGAAAGAGAGGAGAAGGCUCAACGAAUUCAAUGAAAUCUACAAAUUGUGUGUUUUUUGACGUUUCGAUCGAAGAGAAAUCGCACAAAAAGCCUCACAUCAAUCCGUCGACUGGUGAUGCAGAAAAAAGCUAAAGAAUUUUAUAAAUAAAUGAAUGAACAAUAAAUUUAAAUGAAUUAUUAACAUGUUAAUAGAUAAAUAAGAGAGCCAAGAAAAGACUCAGUGAUUGAGUGAAGGGUGAACAGCUAUUUAUUUUGCAUUGCCCGAUUCAGUUUUGCAAUAAUCCACAGAAAUUGUGUUGUAGAACAAGCAAAUUCAUAAACACACAACGAUUCGCAAAAAUUCGCCGCUAACAAUUCCAAAACAACAAACAAAGCUGCAGCAACAACAACAGCAGCAGCAGCAACAAACGUGAAAUUCAUUAAACGAAUUAAAAUUUCGCAGAAUAAAAAUGCGGCGCGAGCGCGUUCGAUGAAAAUAAAAACAUUAUAAAUCACUAAUUCAAUCGAAUUUGACUGUUGUUUGCGUUUUGCCUGUUACGUUUGUCACUCAAUAUUCACAAAAAUCGAGAGCGUCAUUGUUUGCGCAUUUCAACACACCAAGCCAGAUUCAAGCGACUCGAAAAGUUUAUUCUCUCACUCACUCGCAACAAUCAAACAAAUAAAAAGACAAAGUGAAUAAAUAAACCCGCGACUGGGUACACAAUAAACCAAUUUUUGACGUAUAUGAACGAGAAAUUUGGCAAUAAUUUGUCUACAUUGACGAAAGCCACCGCUUGGGUGAAGAAUCCGGUUUCAAGACUUGAAAUUCACCAAGAAAUUCAGUUGAAAGUCAUCAGCAUUGACAUCAGAUGACUACUAUCCAGACGGACGUUUAAAUUAACUUUGAAGUCAACGCGAACAAUUUUGAGAUUCGUACGAAAGAAGAAACAUUUCGCACUUUUAACAACGUUUAGACAAAACAAUUAAUUCGGACUGAGCACCGAUUGAUUCAGUUUGAGGUUUCGGCACCAUUUUAUGUAUCAAUCAUGCGGUCGAAACAACAGCCACGACCUUCUUAUCGCUGGCUAAAUAAAAAUGAAAAUGACAAUGACGUUGAAAAUCCUGAUGGUUUGUUAAACGAGAAUCAAAGUCAAUCGAACACAUUGAAUGACUCGCCAUUAUCCGAAUCAGCCGACAUUGAAGAGCAAUCACCGGCAUCCGAUAUCAUUGCCGAAGACUCAACGACACAAAUCAAAAGUCAAGUGCCACGAAUUGAUGCAAUUAACGAGAAGCAACUCAAUUCGUCCAUUGACAGUCGUCGCCAUCAUCUUAAUCAACGUCAAUUGCCUGCAAUCGAUGUUGAGCGCAAUAUUCCGGCCUCGUUCAUCCACGAUACAAAUAAUGCCAUAGCCGAACGGGCAGCUGAAAGAGAUACCGCGAGCCCCAGAUGUUCGUCACGUAAUUCAUCAAAUGGUGGUGGACGAUGUCCGUCUGCCGAUUCAAAUUAUUCCGAUCGUCAGUCAUCAAAUGCGGCUGGUAGUACAGCGACAAGUCCGCUUGCAUUGCCAAUUCCACAGAUGCUACCAGCUGCUGCACUAUUGCCAUCACAAUCGGCAGCAAUGGCCGCGUACUUGGGUGCUGCUGCAGUAGCAGCUCAACAGAAUCGUUUGUUGCUUGGCGGUCAUGCAUUGGGCCUGGGUCGAGAUGCAUCACCACCGUUUUUGCCACUGCAAUCACCGAUCGGAGGCGAUACACCCGUUCUCGAUUUCAGUACAAAGCGUAAAUCACAAGACUUCGACGAUAUGGAUCGAGAGCAUCAUAACAAAAGCAAUGACGACGAAGACGACAGUAACAUGAAAUCAGACAAUGAUCCGCUCGAUUUAUCUGUGUCGUCACGUAAACGAAGCAACCAAUCACCUCCAUUGCCACGACCUGCAUCGCACGGUCGUAAAGUUUCACGAACAAUGGACUAUAAAUCGGCACUUGGUUCACCGUGGUCAUCGCCACCGAUUGCUUCAUAUUUUGCUGGCACAAAUACGUCAACAACUAGUCCUUCGCCAAAAACACAUCAUCUGUCACAUGGACCCCAGCACCAAGCCGAAUGGAAUGGGCUGAAAAAUAAAAUUAGCACACCGAACGAUGCAACCAAGGCAUUGGAAAAGAUGUCCGAAUUGAGCCGACUGGGUGGCAACGAAGUGGGCCGCCAAUCAAACACGGGCAGCUCAUCAUCAAGCAAUACACCGAGCACCGGCCGUCACAGUGCUUGGCAAUCGCAUUGGCUCAACAAGGGUGCCGAUUCGGUGAAAGAUGUGUUCAAAUGUGUUUGGUGCAAGCAAAGUUUCCCAACUCUAGAAACCCUUACGAUUCACAUGAAAGAAACGCAACAUCUUGGCGUCAAUAUGGACGGUCAACGUGGUCACAAUCAUCAGGCUCAGCCACCUCAUAAUUCACACCCAAAUCAAAAUCAUGCAGCCCAAAAUUCAUCGUCAUCCACAUCAAGUGCUCCAUCAAAAGCUGAUCUCCAUUUAAUGAUAAAGGAAACGAUGCCACUGCCGCGUAAAUUGGUGCGUGGCCAAGACGUGUGGCUGGGCAAGGGUGCCGAACAAACGCGUCAAAUUUUAAAGUGUAUGUGGUGUGGCCAAAGCUUCCGUUCACUGUCCGAAAUGACAACGCACAUGCAACAGACCCAACAUUACACAAACAUUAUAUCUCAGGAGCAAAUUAUUUCGUGGAAGUCUUCCGACGAUAUAAAAGGCGGUAGUUCCAGUGGUGGCAAUGCAAAUAACAGCAGUUCGAAUGGUUCAAACGUGGCUAGCGGUAAUAUUAGUACAGUGAGUGCGGUGCUAACGUGCAAAGUGUGCGACCAGGCAUUUUCAUCGUUGAAAGACUUGAGCAAUCACAUGGUCAAAAAUGCCCACUACAAGGAGCACAUUAUGCGAUCGAUAUCGGAAAGUGGUGGUCGACGCCGUCAAACCCGUGAAAAACGUAAGAAAUCGUUGCCAGUGCGGAAAUUGCUGGAGAUCGAACGUGCACAGAAUGAAUACAAGAAUGGCGACAAUUCACCGAUAACAAAGUCGUUGCGAGAUGCUGGUUCUGGUCGAAUUACAUGCGAAAAAUGUGGCGACAAAAUUGAUACAAGCGUCUUCGUCGAGCAUAUCCGACAAUGUAUCGGAGCCACUGCAGCCGAGUCAAAUGCGCAAAGAAAUCUGUUGAAAAAUAACAUCUUGAUGCCCGAUUCACUUCCGAGAGAUGGUCGCAAAAGCAUCGGCGGUGAUGACAGUAAUGCAUCGCAAAGUUCCCGUCUAAUGUCACCGAAUCUGUCAUCGAAAGAGGGCUCGAGUACAUCGGACAAAACUGGUUCGCCAUCAGUUCUAAACGCCAUCGAGCAAAUGAUUGAAAAGAGUUUCGACACACGCAGUCGGCAUGUCAGUAGCAACUUUACCGCGAACAACCAACAAAAUGCACCGCUUGGAUCAAGCAUACUGAAGCGUUUGGGCAUCGACGAAAGUGUUGAUUACACAAAACCAUUAAUCGAUACACAAACCAUGAAUUUGUUGCGCGGUUUCUCUCAACAAAGUGCAUCCAGUACGUAUAGUCAACGUGAGCGGAGUGCAAGCGAAUCUAGUUCAGUCUCCGACCGUGGUAGCAGUGUUAUUGAAACAUCAAUGACUCCGGAACGUAAAACUGAUUCUGUGAAUGGGCGACCUCGCGAUACACCCGACAAGUGCAGCCAGUAUGGCGAUGGCCAAGACGAAAAUGAAGCAAUUUCACUGAAAAUUAAAACGGACCCAGAGUACGACGACAAAGCCAAAACAAGCAGCAAAGAUAGAGGUGCAUCUUCGAUGUCGAUCAAAAGGGAAAUGACGGACGAUGAAAACGAUCCAGAUGACAAGUCUGAACAUGCAAGCGAUUUACGUGCUAGUGCUCUUUUGAGUCCGGCUCUAAGUUCAAAACGCUCAAAUUCGGGCGAUGAACAGCGAACACCGUUAGCAAGCCCAAACAGUGAUGCUAUAUCGCCGCGAUCAACACCCGAUAGAAAUAGUAAAAAGUCAAAAUCGUCGAUUCCAACCAACAGUUUGGGUGCACUUUCGUCAAUGUUCGACAGUUUGGCUGGCAACGCAUCAACAAAAUCCGUCGAAAGCGGCAAGAAAACCAAUUCAAACCCAUUGGCCGCGCUACAGAAAUUGUGUGAUAAAACGGAAAAUACGCCAUUGAAAUCGUCGAACAACAGUCAAAACCAGUUGGCCGUACCGGUGCAACAGAAUAAUUCGCCAAGUACCGCGUCUGGUGCAAUGUUAGCAUUUAGCUGGGCCUGCAACGAUGGCAUGGUCAAUGCGGCCGAUUCAGCAAUCAAGUGCGCAUUUUGUGAUACGCCGUUCUCAUCGAAAGGUGCAUACCGGCACCAUUUGUCCAAGGUGCACUUCGUCAAAGACGACAACUUACUCGAUCCGAUCAUUGCCAAAGCUCAAAAACUGUCCGCUUCACGUCGAACACCCCCGUCACAGGCCCAUUCACCGCGUAGUGUAUCAAGCUCAGCCAGCAGCAGUGGAAACGGUUUGCCAAACAAUCGCCUUUCGAAAAGUCCAACACCGCCAGCGACCGCAUUAAAUUCACAUCAAUCAACAUCAAACGCUUCUCAAUCGUCUGCAUCUGGUGCGAAUUUCGAUGAGAGUCCACAUUCAAAAUUCCUCAAGUACACCGAGCUAGCGAAACAAUUGUCGUCGAAAUAUGUCUGACAUUCCAAAUCAUAAAAGCGAACCAAAUCAUAAGCUAUAAGUUCACUUUGAAUAACUAUACAGAAAUGAAACAACAUGGAUCAAAAGCAAGAGAGAAAAGAAAAUGAAAAUUCCAUACGCAAUCUUGAUGAGAAAUGAUAAACUAUUAUGAUUAGAACUAUGUAAGUUUUGCGUUGCAGUUUGGACUUGAAAAGUAAAACAAAAACACAAAUUAUACGUAAAAUCCGUGCAACAUUUCGAUUUGCAUAUUCUGUAGCUCUUUUUAUCUUAAGCGUGCUUACAAUUUGAGAUAGCCAAUAUGGAUAUGGAUGAUGCCGUUUGUUUUUUUUUCCUUUUCUUGAAUAAAUUCCAGCAAUCAUGAUUAUAAACGAUUCUCAAUCGUCGCAUAAAUUGAUUGCUGUUGUGACUACGAUAAGAUUCGAGAGAGACAGACAGAAAGAAAAAAACAACACAUUUUGAAUGUAUUUAUAAUAAUUGAUUCUGGAAUUAAGAUUUUGAGAGAUAAAAACCAAUUUCGUUUCCGUAAUAGUAAAUACCGGUUAAUCGAUAGAACAAAAUAGACAAAAAUUUUACUCGUUGUAAAGAGCAAAAAAAAUAUUAUUAAAAAAAACAUAUCCAGAACACUCUGAAAGGGACAGUUAAGCAGAAGAACCAACAAUUGAAUAAGAUUAUGGUUUGGAUUUUUUUUUGAGAUAGGUCCUACAUGAACUAUGAUAAUUUUUGUGAUGGCACAUAUCGAAGCUGUGGGCGUGGAAGAAAAAUUGCAUUUCGGUGGAAUGAACAAAAAACAGAGUCACUAAAUGAACGAAAACAAAAAUCGUAAUUUUUCCGUUUUGAAAAAACAUUUAUUCAAUAGCACAUAAUUUGAUCAUCAAUUGAUGUAUUCCAAAUGAAAAAAAAAUGUCUGGCAUAUUCAAAAACCGGAAUUCAUCGGACAGAAAUCGAAUGGUAACAAAUGGCACGAAAAAGUUCUCUACUACAAAUAAUUUAUAGAAGAAACACAACAUGAUGGAAGCAAACUUAAUUAAGCUUAAGAAAAGAAUCUAAAAAAUGUAUUAAUAAUAAAAAAAAAGUAUUUCUGAUAAUUUUAUUAGUACUAUUGCCGUAAAUGUAUUUUUAAAUAUAAUCCUUAGAUAAAACCUUAAAAAUCGUCGCAUUGAAUGGGCAAAACAUAGAGCAGACAAAUAAGUUUGGUGAAAACUACAGACGGAGGAGAAUGGUACAACAUGGAAAUUCGUUUGCAUAGGAGAGGCACAAAUAAUGUUUGUCACUAAGACCUAUACCAUUUACAUCAUAUUCCUUGGAAUGCCGUGCCAUGUACAUAAUAGUCUUCUCGAAGACAAACAUGAAUAAGUUACGAUUUAAACAAAUAAAGUAUACAAUUUUACAAAAAUGAAUGGAGCGACACACAAAUCCUCCGCAUUAUUUUUACCAAUUAACAAUUUCGCCAAUCUGAAUGGCAAACAGAAAGCCAUCAUUCAGCCCAUUUCAAAUUCAUUUCGAAUAAAAAUCAAUUCACAAAUUAAAUAGCGGAAAAUUUACACACACAAAAAACGCCGAUAACACCGUUUAUGAUGAUGAUGAAUGAAUGACGAUCUGGAAUAAUGUUCAUUACCAUUUUUUUUUCUCGUAAACAUACGAAUGGCAAAUAAGAUUAUUUAUAUCUAACUAAGCUAAAUUUAUUGAAAAUUUUUAAAUAAAAUAAUCAACGUUUGAACAUUUCUCUCUGUGCGGAAAAUGAAAUGAAAUUGAAACGGAAAAGGAAUGAAAAGAGAAAGUAACGCAGUUAUACGAUGAAUGAGUUUUGAAGCCGAUACAGAAGCAGGAGGAGAAAAGACGAUAAGCAAGAGGAUGGAUAAGGUCAAAUCUCAUUCAAGCUCACCAUACAAAACAUAAUGUAUACCGAUUUUACUUGUUUUAAAUCUUUUUCUCGAUUAGAUGAGCAAAAAAAAACAAUCUAUCUCAAAGAGUUUUCAUUAAAUAAACAAACAAACAAACAAACAAAACAAAAUGAGCAAGUUUUAAUGUGUAACACAUAAUGAAACCAAUAUACGACUAAAUUUAAUUACGAUCAUUAUACAAAUUUAUACUACCGAGUAUACGUUCUGAAGAAGAAAAAGUAAUAAACAGAAAAAAAACCGCAUAGUCAAAAAAA